AUGUCAGCCAGAAAGGGCUAUCUUCUCCCUUCGCCAAAAUACACUACAAUAAUGUCAUGUUCAGACAGUCCGGCAGGAAAUGCGUUUUUAGUGGAUUCUCUGAUCAGUGGCCGCACCGAGAGCGGCGGAGGUCACUAUGCGGGGAGUGCGGUGUGUGUGCCGCACAGCGCCGCCGCAGAGGUGCCCUACGGACUACACAACUAUGGAUACUUCCCAGGUAUGGGGAAGCGUGGCGAGAUGGUGCCUCCAAACAUGGUAUCCGCCUCUGGUGCGUACAUGUCCAGCAUGGAGAUGUGGAUGGACGCGCAGAGGUCAUGUCGAAUGGACCAAGAGCACCCGGUGGGUCCCCAGGUCGCACCCUGCUCCUUCCCGAAUAUCAAGGAGGAGAGCACCUACUGCCUGUAUGAGCAGCCCAAGUGCCCUAAAGCCUCCACCGCCGAAGAUCUGACAUACUCGAGGUUAACAGCCGGCCUUGGCUCCAGUUCUUGUCCAGUGACGGAUGGUGGCGGCGGGGGCUCGGUGCCUGUACCGGGCUACUUCCGCUUGUCUCAGACACACGCACAUUCUCAUAAACUUUACAACGCUAGCAGCCCCCAGCCGAACCCUUCCCAUUCUCAUUUUGGCCUACACCCCAUUGCUCCUGCUCGCUUCCACACGCCACCGACUGCUCCAGCAACGGCACAUGAAGGGAGGAACACGGAGGAGCCAGCGUCCUCGGGAAACAACAGUCUGCAGGCUCACGGUGCACCGGGGACCGAGGAGGUACGGGAGUCCUCGGAUGCAGAUGUCUCUUCAGCCGACGAGACAGAAGAGCAUGACAAAGAGAGACCAGCAAAGACCACUAAAGGAGACACAAAAAGUCAAAACACGGCCAACUGGCUGACAGCAAAAAGCGGCCGGAAGAAACGCUGUCCAUACACCAAGCAUCAGACACUGGAGCUGGAGAAGGAGUUCCUCUUCAACAUGUACCUGACCCGAGAGCGCCGCCUAGAGAUCAGUAAAGGUGUCCACCUGACGGACAGACAGGUUAAAAUCUGGUUCCAGAACCGCAGGAUGAAACUGAAGAAAAUGACGCGGGAACACAGGAUCCGGGAGCUCACCUCCAACUACGGAUUUUCAUGA